UUUUUUUUUUUUUCAAUUAUUGUUUCUGUUUGAUAUACAUAUUGUAUGUUUUUAUUAUUACAGCUGAAUGUAAUAAUAAAAAAAUCCAGUGCUUCAUUUUUUUCUUAUUUGAAACGAGAAAAACAAAUAAAACGCAAUAUGACAUCACACAUUCAAAUUAUUGGACAAAAUUCGCCUGAAGGUCCACCAAGUUUAAUUGUUCAUUAUAAUUCACAACGUUAUUUGUUCAAUUGUCGAGAGGGGACACAAAGACUUUGCGUUCAAGAGAAAGCAAGAUUAGGGAAAUUAAGCAAUAUUUUCUUAACUCGAGUAAACUGGGAAUGCAUGGGUGGAUUAACAGGCAUGCUACUUACAAUGACAGACGCAGGGGUUCGUAAUAUUAAUAUUCAUGGUGGAAAAAACUUGGCUCAUUUUAUUGCUUCUACUAGACAUUUUGUAUAUAGAACAAAUUCUACAAUUAAUGUUCAUGAACUUGAUAAUGACUCAAAGCCGUAUAGUGAUAACAACUUAUCGAUAACUUCUGUUGUUGUUUUACCUAAUGCAGCUAAAAAAAGAAAUUAUACACAAUUUAGUGGAAGUGGAUCGAGCAGCAACGAAAGUUCAGCAUCAGAUAAUGAUGAUGAAAAUUUCAUUUCAAGAUCUUCUCCCAUGACGCAAACAGAAGCUGAUGCAUAUAGACGAAAAGUAAUUUCACUCAUGUUUACAGAUACGAAUAAAGGUGAAAAGCCACCUGGUCAUACUAUUGAGGCCGAUUGCACACCCCGAACUUCGAAAACAGCUCAUCCUCUUUCUUCGGCCAAUUCUGUAAAUAAGUCAGCAGAAAAGGAGCAUCUAUUUAAAUCAUUACCAAAAGUAAAACCAUUCCCAACAGCUAUUUCUUAUAUUUGUCAGGGUGUACCUUUACCACGUAAAUUUAACAAAGCCGCUGCUUUGAGAUUAGGUAUUAAACCAGGUCCUAUUUAUGGUACAUUAAAGAAUGGUGCUUCCAUUACUUUAGAGGAUGGACGAGUAAUCACACCUGACAUGGUUUGUGAUCCUGAGAUCCCAGGACACGUUUUUAUAGUUGUCGAUUGUCCCAGUGUUAGUUACAUAGACGGACUUAUUAAUUCACCAAAAUUUGAAGCAUUUAAAAAAGAAGGGCAAUAUAAAGUGAAUGUCAUGAUUCACUAUGUUGGUAACGACGUACUUCAAGAUGAACGAUAUAAAGAAUGGUUGAAUAGUUUUGAUGAAUCUACAGAUCAUAUUUUUGGUUCUACAGAGCUUUGUGCUCAAACUGUUCAAUUCACUUCUCAUGCUCUUAGUCAAGUCAAAUUAUCUAUGCUAAACAAGGAUAUUUUCCCUAUUCCAAAGUAUAGCAAUAUACCCGAACUACCAUUAGAAAAAGUUAAUGGGCUACCAAAAAAUAGUUAUUCGUUGGAAAACAUGUUGCAAUAUCAACUUGAACCUAGAAGAGGAAUCAAAUAUUUAGAUCGACUCCCUUUUGACCAUACCAAUUUAUUGCUUCCUGAAAUCGAAAAGAUUAACAAAGAUAAAGAGUAUUUUGAAGCUGUUCAGCUUGCUCAUAUAGAAGCAUCUAAAGUCAAUACAACGGAGGAGUUUCCGGGUGAUCAAGUUGAAAUUGUUACAUUAGGAACAGGCAGUUCAAUUCCUGCAAAAUAUAGAAAUGUCAGCGCAACACUUGUAAAAAUCCCGGGCUAUGGUUCCAUAAUGCUAGAUGCAGGUGAAGGAACAUAUGGUCAAAUGAUGCGUCGUUUUGGUAUUGGGCUUGUAGAUAAAGAGAUUAAAGAUAUUCGCUGUAUUUUUAUAUCUCAUUUACAUGCAGAUCAUCAUUUAGGUGUUGUGCAACUAUUAAAUAAAUGGAAUCAGUUGAAUAAAUCCAGCGAUUCCAUUUUGACUGUAGUUGCACCCUUUAUAUAUAAACAUUGGUUAAAAGAGUAUAAUUGUAUUGAACAUCUUGGCUUAAAACAAAAAUUAAAGUUUAUAAAGAAUGAAAGUAUCGUUGGUAACAGAGAACCUAAAGGUGAAGACUUGAAAAAUUUAAUUCAGUUAAAAAAACAGUUAGGUUUUUCUACAAUAGAGCCUGUAGAAGUAGUCCAUUGUCGAUGGGCUUAUGGAUUAUCAAUUGAACAUGAAUCUGGAUGGAAACUAGUUUAUUCUGGUGAUACUCGUCCUUGUGCUAAUCUUGUUGAAGCAGGUAAAGACGCUACAUUAUUGAUACAUGAAGCAACACUUGAAGAUGCAGAGAUAGAUAAAGCAAUUGCUAAACGUCAUAGUACAACAAGUGAAGCUGUGGAUAUUGGGGAAAAAAUGAAUGCCAGAUUUACUUUAUUAAAUCAUUUCAGUCAACGAUAUCCAAAGCUACCUAUUCUUUCGGAACAGCAUUCCAAUGUUUGCUUUAGCUUUGAUAUGAUGUCAAUAUUAAUGAAGCAUAUGCCUAUAUUACCAAAAUAUACAAGCGCUAUUCAACUCGCAUUCAAAGAAGAAGAAGAAGAAGAAGAAAUUAAUCCAGUUACAAUUGAUACUGAAAAAACCUCAUCUAGACCUGUUAAUCAAAAGAAACAAAAAACAUAAUAAAUAUAGAAAUCAAAUGAUCAAAACACUGAAUAACAGUUACACUAAUAGAAAAAAAGUAGUAUGUGUAUUUAAGGAAAGAAAGUAAGCAGGCUUGGUAAAAAUAAAAAUCUCUCUCUCUCUCUU